AUGGUGAAGCUGGAGGGUGUGACAGAUGAGACUGAAAAAGACUGGCUGUAUAAAAGGAAAGGAAAGCUGUCUAAGAAUCCAGAGAACAGCUGGCUGCAGGAGCUGGCCCGCCGACUUGAGACCCCCUACUACCUGGUGGGCCACAACCCUGCCACAGGGAACAGCUCAGCCCAGAAGGACAACUGCAGCAGUGUCAGCAGGGAGGCCAACAGCACGGGGCUGGAGCUCCUAGGCGGCCCCUCCCUACGGAGCGCCUACAUCACCUCGCUCUACUUCGCGUUCAGCAGCCUCACCAGUGUGGGCUUCGGCAACGUGUCUGCCAAUACGGACACCGAGAAGAUCUUCUCCAUCUGCACCAUGCUCAUUGGCGCCCUGAUGCACGCGGUGGUGUUUGGGAACGUGACGGCCAUCAUCCAGCGCAUGUACGCCCGCCGCUUUCUGUACCACAGCCGCACCCGUGACCUCCGAGACUACAUCCGCAUCCACCGCAUCCCCAAGCCCCUCAAGCAGCGCAUGCUCGAGUACUUCCAGGCAACGUGGGCUGUGAACAACGGUAUCGACACCACUGAGGUGUGCAGGCCUCCAGAGCUGGCCCUUCCAGCCUUUGCUCCUUCCAGGAGUAUGCACUUGGCCUAA